AUGCGCAAGUUAUCCCUGCGCUGCUCACCAACCCCACAUUCGGUGCCGGGCGUGCCGCCGCCCGCGCCAACCCCGCCACCGUCAGCAGGCCUGUCACCCACGCCCACGCCGCCGACCACGCCCGCACGGCGGCUGGUCUCCUCACGCUCUCUGGGCUCCACCUCGUCGCCCCCGCUGACGCCUCCGGUCGUCUCACAGUACAACAUCCCGCCGUGCCUGCCCUCGCACCAGCACCACGCCCAGCUGCCGCCCACCCCAGGCCCUCCCUCGCACCGCUCACUCCCCGCCCUUCACGCCCACCACGUGCAGAAUGAUGCUCAGGCCCAUCACUCAUCCCACCCGACGUUGCACGCCCACCACCACUCCCCUCCCCAGCCCCACCCGCACCACUCCUCGCACCCCGCCCUCCACGCGCAGUCCCCUCACUCUUCCCCGCCGGCCAACCGCCCGCCGGGUCAUUUCUCGCACGCCGCGGCCCUCAGCGGGCACCAGCACCCGCGGCAGCUGCCCGGCCUGCCCCGCCACCACACACCAUCGGCGGCGUGGGGCAGCGGCCGCAUCCUGCCCCCCGCCCGCACCAUGACCCCAACGCCGCCGCCUCCGCCGCCGCCGUCGUCGUGGUCACCACCAGCAGCCUACAAGUACAGCCUGGACGUGCCUCGUGCCAACCUGCGAGACAUGCGGAGCAACACAUACCCUCCGCCGGGCGCCGACGGCUCCUCGCCCUCGCAGUCGUCCUCCACCACGAGCGGGACCACGAGCGGCGGCGGCUCGGGCGGCUCGCAGAACUCGCCCUCGGACCUGUUCCCGCCCUCGUCCCCGCGCCUUUCGCCGGGGGGACCCAUGGUGGCGCUGGCCGGGCGCGUGUCCCCUCAGCUGCCGCCCACGUCCCCCUGUGGACGGGUGCCCCCGCACUCCCCGGGGCCAAGAUCCUCGCUCUCCUCCUCGGUGUCCUCCUCGUGUGCCACGUCGCCCGUGCCCCGCCUGUCCCCAGUGCCACGCUCACCUGUCCACGCCCCCGUCACUCUCUCGCACUCCGCCCACUCGUCCCCGAGCCCAGCUCAUGCUUCGCCCAGUCACGCCCAUGCUUCACCGGUGGCACGUGGCUCGCCCGUGCCACCGCCCAUCAUCAGCUCCCCGACGCCCACGAUUCGAGGCUCACCUGCGCGGAGGAAAGGCUCCAUGCCGGAGUUGCGCUCGCCCUUGUUCAGGAAGACGACUCGGCCGCCCCUGCAGCGCUCGCACGCCACCGCUGGGUAA